CCCUCGCCCACUCCAUCGAAUACACCCAGCGUCGUCCCGAGCGAGAAGCCUAGUACAGCUCCUAGCGAGAAACCUAGUACACAGCCAACAAAAGCUCCCUCUACUAUCCCAAGUCUAGUACCAAGCAAGCGUCCCAGUGAAAGACCGAGCAACACACCAAGCGAAGAGCCAUCCCCGGUCCCGACGAAUAGACCG